AGAGGGGGGGAUGGGAAGGAGGAAAGGAGCGAGCAGGUAUAUAAAGGCCACAGCUCACUCGACCAGCACAGUCGAUCCAAGACAUCCUAAGCAACAUGUUCUCGAAGUUGGUCCUGUGUGCCUUACUGGCAGUAGUGGCUGCCAAGCCCCAGGGAGGAUACGGGGCACCUCAGCCAUCCUACACCUCAGGUCCUGUAGUCCCCAUCCUGAAGGACGAGCGUCAGGGACCUGAUGAGUUCGGCAACUACAACUUCGAGUUCGAGACUGGUGACGGCAUCAGUCGUCAUGAGCAGGGCGCCCCCCAGGGGGAGACUGGCGCCGUGGCGUCUCAGGGAGGAUGGUCAUUCACCUUCCCUGACGGCACCCCAGGAGUCUUCAACUUCGUGGCCGACGCUGCAGGUGGUUACCAGGUACAGUCUGACCUGCUGCCCACGCCCCAUCCUCUCCCCGCUCACGCCAUCGCCCAGAUCGAGUUCGCCCGUCUUAACCCAAGCCCUUCCUCCGGCCCCGGACCCUCGUACGGUGCUCCUCCUCCACGAUACAACUAAACGAUGAAUGUCUCACCCACGAGCCUCCCCCACCCACCCACUGACUAGUCCUCCUCCCCUACAGAGUCACCCACGAGGAAGAAUCUCUCAUGGUCUUCACGACCCGAUGGUUUUAGUUAAAUCAGAUGUACAAAGUGGCGACCACCGGGUAGCAGCGAUCAUGUCUCUAUGUUUGAGACUAACUCUUACCAGUCUACUACACUCAAGAAUUGACUUAAUCUUAUAUUUCUUUUUUGGUUCUUACAUUUCAACCUGUGGGAGGCGCAGCCGUGGCCCCUGAGGUCUUCCCUCCACGGUAUAGUGAAGACCUUAUGUGAUCACCCUCUGAGCUUCUUAGAAUGGCCUGAUUACUUUACUCGACCGCUGUACUUCAUCAGCCUCUCUCCUGUAGAGCAAGAGAUAUAUGCUUAUUUAUUUAUCAUCUGUUGAUACUGCAAGUUUUCUCAAUAAAAAGAUACACAAA